AUGGCGAAUAAAUGUGGGAACUGCGGGAAAUUUCUAGCUGUAGCUGAUACGGUCAAAUGUAUACGAUGCUGCUUCCUAUUUCAUCGGGCUUGUGCCGUAAAUAAAAGCCCUGAUUCUAAGGCACCGAAAUGGAUAUGCAAGGGGUGCAAGCCGAAGCCGUGUUCACCGGCGCCAGUUAGUGCUCUGAGCUCCAUGCAUAUUAUUUCAUCAGGUAACCAAGAUGUCGAUUCCCCGAUGUUGCUGACAGGCCAGGAGGAGGCAGAAGUUGCCAGUUCGCUGCUUGAGCAAAUCAAGUUGCUCCGUAUAGAACUGGUGGCGGUGACACAUGAAGUAUCGUCCUUUAGGCAGGAACUCCUGUCUCUAAAAAAUACAAUGUCAGAAGUAGGCAAGCGGGUUGACAAUGUGGAGAUGCGCCUAGCUCAGCUUGAGGAGACAACCACUUCUCCGAAUAGCGGUCUCUUGCGGGAAAUGGCGCAAUUGAAGUCCGAAUUAAAUGACCGGGACCAAGCGUGUCUUACAAACGACGUCGAGAUAACCGGCAUAACGGAACGAGCAGGCGAGAGUUUGCCGCAUAUUUUGGAUCUAGUAUCGAACAAAAUCGGUGUGCAACUUGAUGAGAGAGAUGUUGUUUACGUCGAGCGUUCAGGCCCGCGACCUGCUUACGCGGAGAAUAGUGAACGACCGAGGCCGCGUCCUAUAGUGGUACGGCUAGCGCGGCGCGCGAUCCGCGAUCAACUACUGCGAGCGGCGCGCGUACGCCGCGGGGCGGACUCAUCGGGCUUCGAAAUAGAUAAGGAGCCGAGACGGUUUUACAUUAACGAACGGCUAACAAAACCAAACCGGCUCCUUUUCCACAAAGCCAGAGAGGACGGUCGUAAGAAUGGCUGGCGAUAUAUAUGGACCCGUGAGGGGCGUAUAUAUGCAAGGCGUAACAAAGAAACAUCAGCACAUAGGAUACGGUCCCAAGAUGACUUAAUGACGGUUUUUGGACAAACAUCUGUUUGA